AUGGUCAAUGAACCAUUAGACUCACAAUCAACCACUACUGUCACAGCUCAACCCAUUAUCAGUAUUGGAAAACCGAGCGACGACCAUGACACUCAGACCUCUGCCUUGAGCGACACUGCUACCAUUGUUGCUUUGAUUCUUCGUUUAAUAUUCGGUCAUACUCCUUGGCUAGUGUAUCGCUUUUUGUCCUACACCGUCACUGCUACCAUUACUCUGGAUCUAUGGUCGGUUCUUGGCCUUCUUUCUUUAAUCUCUCUCGUCGUUUAUCUUCUGAUUCGUUAUCGUCUGCUCAACACUUACACUCAUCUUAAAACCCCUGCUCCCAUUGCUCCGCGUGCACCAUUCGAUCUUCAACCCGAUGCUACGCUGGACGACGACACGGAUCUCAACAAGGGUUAUCCAGAUGAAUUUAUGAAUGCCUUUCUCUCUUCUAUUAAAGUGUUUGGAUAUCUUGACAAACCUGUUUUUCACGAACUUGCUCGUCAUCUACAAACUCGCAAGCUAAAGACUGGCGAAAUCCUUUUUGACGAGGACUCGGAAGAUCGCGACUUUUAUGUCGUUGUUGACGGCUGUGUUCAGAUUUAUUUAAAAGGCAAUUCUAAUGCUCUUGCUAGACAUAGUUUGGGUAGUAACAACUUUGAAGAUCGAUCCGACUCUGAUGAUCCCGAGGAUGAAUUCAGUGGUCAUCAUUUGCUGAACGAAGUCAAGGCUGGCGAAACCGUCUCUAGUUUGUUUACCAUCCUAUCGCUGUUUACUGAAGACUUUGAGCUUUCAACACUGAUGCAGCCUCAUUCUGCUGCCACAAAUUUAAACGAAUCUCAUGGAACUUCCUUUUCCAGUAAACAUUCUGGUUUCCCCCAAGCUCAAUCACCUGCGUUUUCUACACAACUUGACAGUGAUGAAUCUGCUUGGCUCAGAUUUAACCAUUUACAACAGGAUAGUAGUAUUGAUUCAACUCCUACUCCAGAAACUGCUCAUCCUGAUGCCAAACCUCCUCACGGCUUGGAUGGCUCGGAAGAUCAUAAACAUUUUACUCAUCCCACUAGCGGCAAUCAUAUUCCCAAACGUAAACAUCGGUCGGUUCAUCCAGGAAUAAUUACGCGCGCAUCUUCUCCAACCACCCUCGCAGUGAUCCCUGCUCAGGCUUUUCGAAAGCUAACUGAGAAAUUUCCCAAUGCUGCAGCUCAUAUCGUACAAGUCAUUCUUACUAGAUUCCAACGUGUUACGUUUCUUACUCUGUAUCGGUACCUGGGAUUAUCCAAGGAGCUGUUGAAAAUUGAGCGUCAGGUUAAUCAGUUUUCUGGUUAUGGAUUACCAACAGAUUUGUUUCCUCCAGAAAUUUUGCAUGACUUGAGACUAAGAACGAUUCGAAAAAGAAGAGGGAUCAAUAACACUUUUGUUACAAACGAAGUUGAUUCUAGCAAUGGUAAUGAAGUAGAUCGACGCAUGAGUGAAAUGCCCGGGUCGCGAGGUACAUACAAUGUGAAUGACGAUACUGCAUCAUUGACAAUAUCUAUGGGGUUGACCCAUUCACAACAACGCAAUCAUCGUCGUGCUCACAGAAACGUAGUAGAAAUCAACGAGUACAAUAAUACUGCAGAUAGUUCAGAAAAUGAUACUGCUGGUCCUGCCAAACCACCCAGAAAACCAAAUGCCAAGUCGUCAUAUCGACCCACACGUUUGAAUGAUGAGGCGGAUGGACCCAUUAAAGAAGCUGUUUUCAAAUGUAUUGCUCAGCUGAUUGGUAUGCGACCGUAUUCGGGCCCUCCAGGUCAUUCAAAUUUGGCUCCUAUGACGGAUCGCCUGUAUUACUCACGCUCUCGUACCAGCUGGAAACCUACAUCCUCAACGGUUUUUUCAAUCGGCUCCGCACGUGCAUCUCAUCCAAAAACUCCAGAUGAAACCACAUCACCAAGCAAUUCUACUGGAAACUUUUCCAUUGACUCGUCUGAUCAGGUAGAGAUUGAUAUCAUGUACUUUGAACACGGACAAACACUUGUCAAGGAAGGAGAACGCGGUGCUGGUUUGUAUUUUGUGCUGGACGGUGUGUUGGAAGCAUCCAUGUCUACGUCAAAUAGCCAGUUGUUUCCUAUUCGCACUGGCGAUGCAAGUCAAAAUAGUAAUCCAUCUAGUCGAGGAAAAUCUCGUCGCAAUCUAUUUUUGAUUCACCCUGGUGGUCUUGCAGGAUACUUGGCUGCAUUAACUGGACAGACUUCGUUUGUCACUAUCAAGGCAAAAACAGAUGCGCAUGUUGGAUUUAUGUCUAAACAGGUUUUGGACAAAUACGUUGAACGAUUUCCUGAUAUCUUGUUGUGCUUGGCUAAACGGUUAGUGAACCAGCUUUCACCACUUGUAUUGCAUAUUGAUGUUGCAUUGGAGUGGGGACAGGUCAAUGCAGGGCAGGUUUUAUGUCGUCAAGGCGAGCCGUCAACUUCGAUCUAUAUUGUACUUACUGGCCGUCUGCGUGCUAUUGUAGAGCGAUCGCGUAAUGGUAUCGAGUCAUUAGAUAUUCUGGGCGAAUAUGGUCAAUUGGAAUCUGUAGGUGAAAUGGAAGUACUGAUGGAUGCUCCACGUACAGCCACGAUUCAUGCUAUUCGUGACACCGAGGUAGCCAUCAUGCCCAAAACUUUAUUUAAUGCUCUUGCUAUUGGACACCCCGAAAUUACAAUUUCUAUUGCACGUAUUAUUGCAGCGAGAUCAACUCAGUCUUUUCUUGGAAAAAUGGGUCCUGGCCAGCAACCAUCCUUUAAUAUGCGUGGUAGUCCUGAUUCUGGAAACAACAAUGUCAAUCUUAAAACGGUUGCCAUUUUGCCUGUAACGUCGAUUGUUCCUGUUUUUGAGUUUGCCGACCACAUUCGUGAUGCUUUACAGCUUAUUGGCGCAUCGGUAGCAUUUUUGAAUACUGCAUCUGUGAUGCGAGAGCUUGGCAAACAUGCCUUUACCCGUUUAGGACGUCUCAAGCUUAUGAGCUGGCUGAGCGAGCAAGAAGAAUCGCAUCGACUUGUCCUCUAUGUUGCUGAUGGGGGUGUAAGUUCUCCAUGGACACAGCGAUGCGUUCGUCAAGCAGAUUGUAUCCUUCUUGUUGGUCUUGGUGACGAAGAUCCUGGCAUUGGUGAAUUUGAGCGACUUUUGAUUGGCAUGAAAACUACUGCCAGAAAAGAGCUUGUGCUCCUUCAUAACCAACGUGCAUGCAUUCCUGGAUCCACUGCACAGUGGCUAAAAAAUCGAGUAUGGGUACAUGCUCAUCAUCAUGUUCAGAUGAAUCUAAACACUCCAAAACUUCUCAACAAAACCACCCAAAAACAACUCACACUUAUUAAUCUUAAAUCGCAUUUCCAAAGAGUGUAUACGAGCAUGUAUCCUAUGAAUAGCACGGGGAAGAAAUCAUCAGCACCAAAUAUUUAUUCUGGAGUAAGAUCAGAUUUUGCCCGAUUGGCUCGAAGACUUUUGUCCAAAUCGAUUGGGUUGGUGCUGGGUGGAGGUGGAGCAAGAGGGUUUGCGCAUAUUGGAGUGAUUCGAGCAUUUGAAGAGGCUGGAAUUCCAGUAGACAUGAUUGGUGGAACAAGUAUGGGCAGUUUUGUCGGAGGUUGUUAUGCUAGAGAAAAUGAUCAUGUCAGUGUUUAUGGCAGAGCAAAAAUGCUUGGCGGGAGAUUAGGUUCUACUUGGAGGUCACUCAUUGAUCUAACCUAUCCCAUCACUGCAAUUUUCACAGGCAAGUCAUUCUGUCAUGAGUUUAAUCGCGGUAUCUGGAAAGUGUUUUCUGACACACAAAUUGAAGACUGUUGGAUUUCGUAUUUUGCAGUUACAACUAAUCUUAAUUGGAGUCGAAUGGAAGUUCAUCAAACAGGUUACAUGUGGCGAUACAUUCGAGCAUCCAUGUCACUUUCUGGCUAUCUUCCACCGCUUUGUGAUCACGGCAGUAUGCUCCUGGAUGGUGGAUACAUCAACAAUUUACCAGCGGACAUUAUGCAUUCUUUAGGCGCACACACGAUUAUUGCUGUUGAUGUAAGUCUUGCUGAUGACACAUCACCCGUGAGUUAUGGCGACUCGGUAUCGGGAUGGUGGAUGUUACUCAGCAAACUCAAUCCAUUCCCACAAUCCUACUCGUUUCGUCCACCUGAAAUUGCUGAUAUACAAUCUCGUCUUACGUACAUUUCAUCGGUGAAACAACUCGAGGAUGCCAAACGUAUCGAUGGGUGUUUAUACAUUCAUCCGCCCGUUGCAGCAUAUACGGCAAUGGAUUUCAAAAAGUUUAAAGAAAUUGUCGAGGUUGGAUACAAGUUUGGACAAACGGUUGUGCAAGAAUGGCACAAUAAUGGAACGCUGCAGCGACAGCUGGGUGUUACGUUGGCUGAUUCUGUUGAAAGGAAACUACGUGGUGGUCGUCGUGCCUCUAUUUAA